ACCGCUUCUGCUGCCCCCUGGACGUAGGCCUACCAACUGCUGCUUUUUGAAGUAGCCCACUGCGUUCUAGAGACUACUCACAUCUCACGCGGCUUUUGAAUGGAAUCAGGAACCAGUAGGCCUAGAUCUACAAAGGAAAAGGGAAAAUAUAAAAGGUUUUUAGACCCUGAUGUCCUUGAUGAGGUGCCCAGGACAUCAAAAUGGAGAACUAGCCAGGAUGAGCAAAGACAGUUCCACAGUUCUGCUGAGGCCAGUGAGGACGAUGACAUGGUGGAGGAGGACAAUGACAUACUUUCUGACAUUCCUUUUGAAUGUCGCACACAAAAUGCCCAAUUGCCCAAUGCCCAGUUGCCCCAAUGCCCAAAUGAUAGGCCUAGGUCUAUGCCUUUACAUCCUGGGUCAGAUGUGACAUUGGCCCAAUUCAUUGUCCUUGUCCUAGCCUUUUCCCUAAGGCAUAGUUUAUCUAGCACAGCGAUUGAAGAUCUACUGAAAUUAUUAAGCAUCAUUUUACCAGCAAAUAGCAUGCUACCACACUCUCUACACAUAUUCAAAAAACUCCUGAAACAUUCCUCAGACACAAUCAAAUUGUAUUUUUUUUGCCAAGGCUGUGGAGCACAUUUACCUAAAGAGCACAAUAACUGCACUAGCUGUGGUGAGGAAUCAAAUACUGACAACAUCAAAGACGGUAAUUUCUUUAUUAGCCUUUCAUUAGCCAAUCAAAUUCGUGACAUCAUACAAAAAGAGGGAAUCAGUGACAAUACAAAUAAGCACCCUUUACUUCAAAAAACUGAUUACAAACCAGGAGAUGUGUCCUUACUGUGGAACUGUGAUGGUGUUCCACUUUUUAAUUCUUCAGCUAAUUCUCUCUGGCCCAUUCAGUGUGUUAUCAAUGAACUGCCUGAUGAGGUACGCUUCAAAAAUGUGAUGCUGGCUGGGGUCUGGUUUGGACAGGGCAAACCUGAUAUGGCCACAUUUUUACACCAAUUUGUUAGAGACAUUAAAGACAUAAAUACACAGGGUAUUGAGUGGGUCCAUCCAAACUCUGGCAUUUCUCACAUUUCCAGGGUUUUCCCUAUUACUUGCACAUGUGAUGCAGUAGCAAAAUGCGUACUUCAGGGUGUUCAUCAGUUCAAUGGGUCAUAUGGAUGUGGGUACUGUUUAAAUGAAGGGAUGGUUGUGGCCAAAGGGAGGGGUUAUACCAGGGUUUAUCCUGAUGUUGAGGCAGAAAACAGAAGCCAUAAGCAUAUCAUUGAAUGUGGGGCAAAGGCGGUCAAUGAAGGUGUGAACCAUGUUCUUGGGUGA